GCACGUUUCUCAAACACAGUAUAAAAGAGCUAGAGUCAAUUAUUUUCGUUGGUGUAAUCAAAUAUUCGCCACUGCUCCUGCCAGCUCCUGCUCGCAACCGCUAGGUUUCGCACCAGUCGGAUUCAGAAGCACAAAAUGGCGGAAAGCAAUGACUUGUCAGCCUCUCAGACAGAAAAACUACUUCAGUUUCAGGACUUGACGCGGAUAGAGGACCUGGAUAGGUGUCGCGAAAUAUUGAACCGACACAACUGGGAUUUGGAGGUUGCGGUCCAAGAUACGCUGAACAUUCAGGAAGGUUCUCCAUCCGUGUACAGACCGCCGUCUAGUCGACAACCGCCCGUCGUGGUGGAUCACGCCGACCAGAGGUUUUUCUACUCCGUGCAGAGCUGGAGACCCAAUGGCCUGUUGGGAUGGGGCAAAUUCAUCAUCACAUUUCCACUCUCUUUCCUCUACAACUCGCUCCUCGGCAUCAUCAAGUUUGCAUGGAGCUUAGUACGCCCUGAUGCAAGGAGAAUUGUGACAGAUCCCCUGGCGGAUGUGAUGAACUUCAUCGAAGGCUACGAGACCAGGUACGGGUCCAACCAUCCCGUGUUCUACCAGGGAACCUACAGCCAGGCGCUGAACGACGCCAAGCGGGAACUCAAAUUCCUUCUCAUAUACCUCCAUGGGGACGACCACCAGGAUACUGGUGCCUUCUGCAGGGACACGCUGAGCAACAGAGAUCUCGUCGAGUUCAUCAACGGCCACAUGCUCUUCUGGGCUUGCUCUGUCAACUACCCAGAAGGUUACCGGGUGUCGCAGGCCCUGCGGGAGAACACCUACCCGUUCCUGGCGGUGAUAGUGCUGCGCGAGCACCGCAUGACGGUCGUGGGGCGCUUCGAGGGGCUCAUGCGGCCCGACGUGGUGCUGCUCCGGCUGCAGCAGGUCAUGGCCGACAACGAGGCCUCGCUCGUCACGGCACGCAUGGAGAGGGACGAGCGGUCGCUGACGCAGUCGAUCCGGCAGCAGCAGGACGAGGCCUACCAGGCGUCCCUGCUGGCAGACCAGGAGAAGGAGCGCCGGCGGCAGGAGCAGCUACGGGUGCUCGAGGAGGAGCAGAGCCGCCAGCGGGAGCGGGACCUCGUGGAAGUGCAGCGCAAGCAGGAGAUCCAGAGGAUGAAGAUGGAGCUGGUGGACCAGAUCCCUGAGGAGCCUCCCGAUUCGGACCCGCACAGCAUCCGCCUGGUCAUCAAGCUCCCCGCUGGAACCCGCCUCGAGAGGAGGUUUCGGAGAUCUCAGUCGCUUAAGUAUUUAUAUUUCUACGUGUUCUGCCAAACGGAGGCUCCGGACAGCUUCGAGAUCAUCACCAACUUCCCCCGGCGGACGUUACCCUGCGAGCCGACGCAAGAGUGCCCCGAGCCGCCCAGCUUUGCGGAACUUGGCCUGGGGAAGACAGAGACCCUCUUUGUGCACGACCUGGAUGCAUGAACUCAGUGGCUGCAGAUCGUGCGUCCAUGCGAACGGACGGUUCCAGUCAAAACGGCCGCCCUCCCUCCGAAGCGAAGACGGGUGUCGCCCCUCUCCCCGGGCAUUAGCCCAAGGCGCAAGGACGGUGCAGGCGAGGCAGUCCUUGCUGCUUUCCGUUGGCUCCGAAACGCGCGCGGCUGUGGAGGCCGUGCGAGAUGAGGGUUCGUUUAAAGCGCAGUAAAGUUCACAAAGUGCACUACUAUUUCUCUUCGUUGCUUUUUCUCGACGUUCAUCAACCGAUCCGUUGUUUUCUUCCCGAUCUGCUUUUGAGUGUCGUUCAGCGUAAAGGAAACUUGGGGUUGUCGACGGCAGUUUGCAAGUUGCCAAUGGAUUUUAUUUUGGGGCGAGUUUACUAUGGAUUUGCCUUAAAAGAGAUAUUGAUUUUGUGUUUAGUUGAUUUGCUACUGUACCCCUUUGGUCUUCGAUGCAUAAAAAAGGCUCUGCUUCGAAAGGUCUACAGGGUUGGGGUGCAAAUAAGUGUUUUUUUUUUGUGUGUUUUUUUUUUUUUGUUUCCUAAAGCUAGGUUUUGCUUGAAUUGAGGUGGGACACCCCUUGUGAAUCUAUCUUUACCGAAACAUCUAUAAUAAUAUAAUUAAAACCUUAAUGCAGUUGUGUGAGAUGAAACAAUGUGUUUGCUGAUCUCUUGCUUAUGAAAGUUCACUCUUAUGACGUUAACACGAAAGUGCUUUCUUUGUGUCAAACUUACAAUUUGAUUUUUUCCGCUGACAUAUGAGGACAUUUUUGUCUGAAGGGUAAUUGCGAAGUGGAGCUUAAAAUAAGUUUGCUUUUGUAUGUGGCAUAAAUUAAUGCCUCAAACGCAAGAUCUAUGCAGUGAAAAGUGUUUGUGCUUCGUAAAGGGAUGGACAUAACUUUCUUUAGAUCACCAUGUCAGUUUAGUUUCCACUUUCACCACAUCACUGUUGCUUUCAUGCAAGUUUGUCAUAGAUCAUACUUUGUGACUAUGUGAAGGAGGUGAAUGUAGACUCAAGCACAUUUUUAUGCAGUUCUAACGUGUACAGAGGUCGUCUGGCACAAGUUCAAUCACCCUGACGGGUGAUGCCAGUAAGCGAAGACGGUUGUAUGCUAUGGGGAGAUCCCUUGAUGUUUCUAAUUCCUCUAAUUACAUAUACGAUGCAGACUAAGCUUUUGGGGUGCACCAGUUGCAUCCAUUUGUUUCACUUUGAAUGGACAGUAACAAGACGGCAAGAAGCUGGUAUUUAUAAAGCUUAAAUACAACUUUUUUAUGUCAUUGUCGAGCUUUUAGUUUGUUUCGAGACAGCAUUGCAUCCAAGAACUGUUGGUUGUUUGUGUGGCAGCGCGCCUUGGGCCAUGUGUCGGAUUUUUACUGAAAUAAAGAAGAGACUAUGUG